UAUAUAUUCUUUUAACUUUUCUUGGUGGAACCGCGUGGUUUUUUUUUUUUUUUUUCCCCCUUUUUCGUUGUGGGCGGCCGAGGGAUUAAUCGGAGAUCAAUGAAGGAGAGAAGAGCGAGCCAGAAGUUGUCGAGCAAGGCGGCGAUGGAUCCCAACCAGAACGUGAAGUGCAAGAUCGUGGUGGUCGGGGACAGCCAGUGCGGGAAAACAGCGCUGCUCCACGUCUUCGCCAAGGACUGCUUCCCCGAGAGCUACGUCCCCACCGUCUUCGAGAACUACACGGCCAGCUUCGAGAUCGACACGCAGCGCAUCGAGCUCAGCCUCUGGGACACCUCGGGGUCUCCUUACUAUGACAACGUCCGCCCGCUCUCCUAUCCAGAUUCUGAUGCUGUCUUGAUUUGCUUUGACAUCAGUCGGCCAGAAACUCUUGAUAGUGUGCUAAAAAAGUGGAAAGGUGAAAUCCAGGAGUUCUGUCCAAACACCAAAAUGCUUUUGGUUGGUUGCAAGUCAGACCUGCGCACGGAUGUCAGCACGCUAGUGGAACUUUCCAAUCACAGGCAGACACCCGUGUCCUACGAUCAGGGUGCAAAUAUGGCCAAACAGAUUGGAGCAGCCACAUAUAUCGAAUGCUCAGCCUUACAGUCAGAAAACAGUGUCAGAGACAUUUUUCACGUCGCCACCUUGGCGUGUGUGAAUAAAACAAAUAAAAAUGUUAAACGAAACAAAUCGCAGCGGGCCACAAAGCGAAUUUCGCACAUGCCUGGCAGGCCAGAACUUUCCACAGUGGCGACGGACUUGCGAAAGGACAAAGCAAAGAGUUGCACGGUGAUGUGAAGGACCUUGAUUUGCCUGGAGAAGGAGGAAGAGAGCAUCCGGGAGGGGUUGGAGGCUCAAUGAAGUACACAGCCGCGUGGUAUUUAAUGAGGGCUUCUGCCGAGGCUUUAAUGGAGACUUCGCCUGUUGUGUGAGACUGUGUUUAGGAACUGAGCAGCGAGAAGAAAUGGCUCUAAAGGAGAUGGCAUCAGGAAAUGACACGUUGAAAAUGCCAAAAAAAAAAGAAAGGGAAAAUGCUUGAAUGUGCUGAGAAAAGCGAGGGUGAAUGGGAAAAUAACACUGCAGAGAGAGAUGUCAGUGACAGUGCUCGUUUCUUUUAUUAACGCCCUAUUCCUGGAUGCUACCGCUUUGAUUUCAUUAAAAUACUUUAAUGUUGUUUUUU